AAUUAUUUGUGUCAUCUACAGCCAAUGUUACACUGCUACUGCAAGCUCUGAUCCAUACCAUGAUGAGCAGUGACUCUGUGUUGUUGUUAUAACCUGCUGUAUAGUCUGCCAAGGAUGGUUAACAAAUACCAUGUAAUAGCAAGAUGCAUGAGUCAACGGCGGGUUCUCUUAGCAGUACUUUGGUAUUCCCUAGCAAUUUCAUUGUUGGGAAUCUACUACACGCAUAUACAUACCAAAGAUAAAAAUUUAUUGUUGCGAGUUUCUAAUUCCUUACAGCUAACACAUAGUGCAAUUCCUUCAAAAAAAUAUGCAAGCUUAGUCAGUAGACACCAAACUCAAGAACUAAGAAUUGUUACACCCAACAACGAUGAACCUAACAAUUUGUCAGUGAUAACUUUUAACAGGAAUUACAUCAAACAACAUCACUUACCUAGGUUAUUGGACGGAGCUACUGCGGAAACAAAAUCAGAUGAACGCGAGAGCUUAAACAUGAUGGACAUUCGUAAUAUGCCGGGACAAAUUGGCAUCAAUUGGUAUGAAAUAGAUAAAGCGAUUGAUUGGAAAGCUCUCGAAAAAGAGGAGCUUAGGAGGGUCGAACAACAACAUUUGAAUUACUCAUUGGUGCGUGGUACUGAAAAACCACUUUAUUUACAUGUAGAGAAGAAUAAUAGCAAUAUAAAUAUUACAAAUUCAAAAUCCAGAAUAGAAACAAAUUCAUCAAAUAACUUAAAAAAAUAUUUUUUCCCACAACAACCAAAGAACAAGACCUUUGGCUGGAGGCAAAGUAAACUUGCGAAAUCAGGUCAACUUAAUAACCAGUCGCGUUCAGUCAUUGAAGAUGGUAGAGACAUCAUUAGAAAACCAUGGAAGAAAUUAUAUCCAAAAGCUAAUAUAGAUGUCAAACAGAACAGAAUUAAUGAAAGAAAAAGUAUUACUAAUCUUGCCAGACAAUCUAAGAGAAAAGUUGCAAAAAAUGAAAGUAUAGCUAAGGAUGUGUCAGACUUAACCCAGAAACAUAAAAAAGAGGCUAAAAGAAAAGAGGCUGAAAGAAAAGAGGCUAAAAGAAAAGAGGCUGAAAGAAAAGAGGCUAAAAGAAAAGAGGCUGAAAGAAAAGAGGCUGAAAGAAAAAAGGAAGAUAUUGAAGAGCAACGUUUAAGGAAUAUCUCCCGCGAAUUAAUGAAGAAGGAGCUUUUUCUGAUGAAAACAAAAACGUUGUCACCGAAGGCAGCAGCUAAGAAGGCUGAUGGUUAUUUUAAAGUUUCAACCAACAAGCAUCUUCAUUUGCACUGCAACUGGUGCGCCGUAAUAUCCAGUUCAGGUCGCCUACUAAACCAAAGCGCUGGCAAAGAAAUUGACCAGUUUCCAUGCGUGAUCCGAAUGAACACAUCGCCGACCAAGGGCUAUGAAGAAGAUGUUGGUUCGAAAACAACUGUCCGUGUCAUAGGUCAUGUUAAUCUUCUGAAAAUCAACCAGAGUAAUAGUCUCCAAGAUGAAUUUUUUGUUGACAAGGUAACGGCGGCGGAGAAGAACCUUAUUCCGUGGCUGUAUAACGUCCGAGUGAAUAAAAAGACAGAUAAGUUUUACAAGGUAGUUAAGAAUUUUUCCCAUACAUUCCAAGACACAGAGUUCUAUCUUCUUUCUGGCAGCAAGAUGCGACAUGCAGAACAGAUAUUUAGGUCGGAGAUCGGAAUAUCAAGGAGAGAAGCUCGUACGUGGUUGUCAACUGGAUGGAUGACAUUGUUAUUUGCAAUGGAUAUUUGCGAGAAAAUUCAUGUGUAUGGACUUGUCCCGGAAAACUAUUGCAACAAUCGUAUAAAUGAUUCCACCCCUUACCAUUAUUAUGAAUCAGACGGACUUCUUGAGUGUGAUUACUAUAAAGCAUCUGAAGAACAGCUUCGCUACGGCCAUCUUUUCGUGACAGAAAAAGCGGUAUUUGGAAGGUGGGCUGUCAAACAUAACAUCGCAUUUCACUAUCCCGAGUGGAACCUAACACGUAUCAACACCACCGCACCGUUGGAAACGCCAUUCGUUAAAAUGUACCGUGCAGCUAAAUUGAACGAGACCCUGAUGCAAAAGGCAAACAAAACUAAAGUUGAAAUGAAGGAGUCGUCAAAGGGUUUGUUGCUUCGGAAAAAUCGCAUAAAGUUCAAAAAAACAAGCAGUAAAUAUGUUCAGUUUUCAUCGGCUAUGAUGAUGAUAAUGGCUGUGUUUUUUAGUAUGGUAGCUUUCCUUCUUCUAUUUUUAUUCCUUAGUUUAUUACUUCUGUGUUUUUAUCUGUAGAUUAUUAUUUUCAUCAACAUCAAAGUUGGACACAUUAAAACAGUAAAAAUAAAGAAGGUAAAACAUAAAAACAAUGUGUAUAGCAAAUGGAACUUAAAACAGUAUGCAGGAUUAAACCCAGGUCCCAGGUUGGAAAGGUAAGAACCACUAACUACUUGUGAGUCCUUAUACAAGCUUAUCAUUUGAAGAGCAGUAGAUUGGUAUUUAAGAUGCUACCUUUAACACACCCAUGGUCUUGUGUAUAAUUCCUGUCAAAAUAUGUUUUCCUACUUUUUCAAACAGCUUCAACAAUUCUUUUUUUUUUUAUUGCUCAAAUGGCAUCUUAGCGAAUAUCAACUGAAACAAAUCACAAAAACCAUGAAACCUAAUCAUAUAUAUUGACAAUCAUAUAUUCCAAGUGUCAUUAUGAGUUAUAGUUUAGUAAGUAUAACUCGCCACUGAGGAAGAAUAGUACCGUUCGUUGAUUCUGAACCCCAAGUUAUGUAACAUUGAUGGGUGGCACAAGGGUUUUUUUGUUGUUAAUACGCUGCUAAAGGCCCCACGGGUGAUCCAGUGGCAGAGACCUAAUGGCGACUUUUGAGGUAUAAAUUGACUUAUUUUAAGUAGCUCUGGGUCUCUAUUACUGCUCUACUGCUCUAUUGAUAUAAAAAACAUUCAAAUUAAUUCUUGGUAAGAUAAACUCUAUUGUCCAUCUUAACACGUUGGAAAUUCAUGAUCCAUUAGGCAUACAAAAACACAUUAAUUAAAUUUCAUCACAAUUCGAAUUGGGCAAUUAAUAUGAUGAUAAAUUUUGAUCCAUUUUUUAACAUACAAAGGGUCCCUGGCACUGCCCCUGACAUUUAUUCAGUUAAUUUUUCAUUAUUUAUGUUACCAUAUAAAGUAAACAACAAUAUUGACAUAUACUGUAGUUUAAAUAAUAUACAAUAUACUUUAAAUAUAUCUAGACAGUUAUAAUCAAAUACCUUAAUAUCUAUAUAUGCACACUUUGUUAAUACACAGUAACUAAAUCAGAAUUAAUAUUUUAAUUGUUUGUGAUGUCACAUUAUGUAUUACCAAAUUAAUUGUACAUGAUCUUUUUUAUUUUUCUUUAUUUCAAAUAUAAAAGAUGAAAUAUAAAUAUACAUUGAAAAUUAUUAUCUAUAUUGAGGCCUUAUUUGGACAUGGAUAUUACAUGCCAAUCAUGUUAGUAAACAGUAAUUAUUAUUGAAUAAAUAUAGGUUUCUAUCAAUAAUUAAACAAUAUUUAAAUAUCUAUUGAUCAAUAAUUAAUAAACAUUGUUUAAGUUUUUAUAAUAUUGAUAAUCUGUCACAAAGGUAUUUAUCUGUGUGUUGAUCAGUAAUUGAUAACCAAUAUAUAAAGAUAUAUUGAUUAUUAAUUAUAUAGAUUAAUUUUAAUUGAUCUGAAAGCUCAGGAAUUUUAGUUGGAAAGUGCAGAUACUGUAUUUAUUUGAAUAAAUGAAAAGUGCAGAUACCGUAUUUAUUUGAAUAAAAGCCCCAGGGCAUUUAUUGUUGAAAAGGGUUUUUGAGGUUGAGGGAGGUGUUAAUUUUUUUUUAGUUUAUUCAAAGGGUAGGGGGAGGGGGUGGGGCUGUUAUUCAAAUAAAUACGGUAUAUUCUAAAGUACAGUAUUGUAAAUAAUUACUGAAGUGGUGCUAUGAAAUGAAUGUCCAGGGUAAUAGUUAAUGUUUCAUAGAAGAAUAUUUAUUAACUGAUGAUUGAUAAGUACUUACUUAUACUCUCCUAGUCUCUUAUUGUGAAAGUAAUGAAUAUUCAUUAAGUUUGCCCUUGGUCUUUAUUUACAUUUUUUGGGGCAAGAUUUCCUGUUUUUCUAAAGUAAGGCUAAAAUGAGCCUUCACUAACCUUCACUUUGUAGCAUAAAGUAAACUUCAUUGGUGUAAUUUGAAGUACUAGUACUGAAAAUAGUUUAUAUGUUUUAACCAUUUGAAUAUGCAUAUAACAUUGUCAAUAUAUAAUAGUAGAAGAGGUUGGCACAUCGGUUGUGGCUUGGAAUCCCAACCUUGAGGUCGGGGGUUCGAAACUCUAGCUGUGCAAGUCGCUUGUGUCCUUGGGCAAGGCACUUUAUCUAAGGUUGUCUUUCUCCACCCAGGAGUACA